AAUCCAGACCCCCCGAUUCCGCCUCUGGGGCUGGGAGCCUCCGCGUCUUUCUCCUCCCACAUUGGGGGCGCUCGUGGGGCAGCAUCCAUGGCUUUCCCUGGGGUCCCCCUGAUGCUGCUGGUGGGGGCGCUGGCCAGGAUCCCCGGAAGCGAAGCGGGGAAGGAGACCCCCGCCCAUUUCUUGUACCAGGCGAAGUCCGAGUGCCGCUUCCUCAACGGGACGCAGCGGGUGAGAUACCUGGGCAGGUGGUUCUACGACCGGCAGGAGUUUGUCCGCUUCGACAGCGACCUCAGGAAGUACGUGGCCGUCACGGAGUUUGGGAAGGUGGCUGCGGACGCUUCGAACAGAAAUAAGGUCUACUUGCAGAUCGCGAAGGCCCAAGUGGAUUACUUCUGCCGGUACAACUACGAGGUGUACAGCUACCAGGCGCACAAGGCGGAGGAGCGCCUGAUUGGCCGGAGAGUGUCUCUCCUGUGCCUCCUUCUCCUCCUUCCCUCCAGCCAAGCCCACCGUCACCAUCUCCCCCACCAAGAUGGACCCCACUUCCCCCAACACCAUCCUCCUCUGCACCGCGACGGGCUUUUACCCCGUGGAGAUCAAGAUCCAGUGGUUGAAGAAUGGGCAGCCGGAGAAGGAGGGUGUGGCCUUUGGGGAGGAGCUCCAGAACGGAGACUGGACCUACCAGCUCCAGGUGAUGCUGGAGACCCAGCCCCAGUGGGGGGACCUCUACACUUGCAAGGUGGAGCAUGCCAGCCUGGAGGCUCCCAUCACCGUCCAGUGGGAGCCCCGUUCCUCCAGCUCUGCCAGGAGCAAACUCUGGACGGGGAUCAUGGGGGCCGUGAUAGGAGUGGCCUUCCUGGCUGUGGGGCUCUUCUCCUACCUGAAGAGCAAGAAAGCAACUCCCAUCCAACCACCUGCAGCACUCAUGAAUUAAUUCUGCUCUCCGAUGCAAAAGGAUAUUUUUUUCUUUAGUAGCUGAUGACUCUUUGUCCCGUUUGCAACCUGUUAAAAAUGGAGGCUGAAGGUGGCAAGUUGGGGAGAGGAGGAGAAUGGCACCUGGACCUUCUCCUGCUGAGACCCCCCCCAAACUUCCUUUCAGGGCCUCCCUUUCUUGGGAAGGGAGGGUUGGAGACCAUCUAGACUGUCCCCAGGGAUACUCGGCUGACCUGUAACUCUAGUCCCCUCAUCUCUCCUGGCUUUGAACCCACAGCAGCUUCAUCUCCAUCACUCUUCCUCCAAAUCACUUCCCUUUGCUUUGCUAUUAAAGAAUAAACUUCUGAUGUAAGAAACCCUGGAAUCCUUCCUUCCUCUUCCACCUCUUCCUCUUUGCUGCCCCCACAGGAGGCUCUUCCCUCUGCUGCCUCCGGAUUGACCAUCCCGAGUACUUUGG